GCAGGAACAGCGAGCGCGCGCUUCAAGCUGCAGAAACGCUUUCAGUUUUGAGAUUUGUUUUGGGUGCUCAGACGUUACCCCAACAUGUUUCUUUCAUAUAUGCAUAUAUACGCGCAAUAUACUUUUUAUUCAAGAUGGUUCAUGCGUGUAGGAUAAUGCGCUAAUGUUAAACAAAGUUGCACAGUGAACUUCGGUACUAAAGGAAUCACCGAGUAUAGAAGUCGAUACAAGGGUCGAGCAUCACGAUCCAGAAGCGAUUCUCCACAUCAGAGGAUGCAACUGGCAGGACUGCGGUCUGACCAAAGUCGAAUCACUCGGGAACCUCAAUUCCCAUCCAAAAGGAAAGUGCCAUUUAAUCCACCUCGGGUAUCAAGAUCCCUACAGUGGGAAGGACAUCAACAACAUCAGGAGAAGGACAGGCCUGUCACAUCUCCAGCUGUCAAAAAACCUGUGUUCAGAGCCAGUAGUGCAGAAGGGCAGGUGACGCCCCUGGCCCCAAGAGACUUCAUACCACAAGAGGGCACCGCUGCACCGUCUCAACAACAAGCAGAGGCACAAGCAGCCCAGCCAACCAGGGCCACUGCAGAUGGGCAGAAACAGGGACAUGCUGGAAAUGGAGUAAACCAUGCACUGCGAAAGCGAGCAGGACUGAAGUCAGAGCGACAGAAAAAUGGUCGCUUGAACUCUGAAUAUCAGAGACAGUUCAUGUGGAAAACCCCGGUGGCCGAUUCACCCCUGCUGGCUGCACAAGAGAUGUUUUAUAACGACAAUAAAAUCAUCCCACCCUUUAAGUCCAACCCAGUCCUUAUGGAGAGUGAGUACAGGAGAAGUUUUAAAGGAUCACCUCCUCCCAGACCUCCUCGCUUUAGACGAGAUGUUGAGCAAUGUGAGGUCCCACAGCUCCACACAGAGAACGUAACCUCGGAGAAGAAUGCGAGAAGGAAGAAGAAAAAGGAGAGGCAGAAACUCGGCAAAAAGUCAAGCCCCGAAGAGGAAGUGAGACAUCCACAGCAACAGGAAGAGAGGUCACCAUGUGCCCCGAGAGACCCUUCACACAAAAUUAUAAGGGAGGUGAAAACGGAGUACAGGUCCAAUUUUCGUUCUCCAUUGCAGUAUUCCUACAGAGAUGGAGCUUGGGUGAAGAACAAAACUGCAAAUUUGGAGGAGUGUGAACACUGGUGGUAUAAUGAGGUGCAGGAACUCCGCGAGAGGGCUGAGGCCUAUAGGAAAAGGGCCCGGGGGACUCAUUUUUCCCGUCAACACUUUAACCAAAUCAUGUCGGAGCACAACUGGAUGUGGGAGCCUUCCAGCGGCACCACGUCCACAUCUUCUGUCCUAUCUGAGUGCUGCAGCAGUCCCAUCGUAGAGGCUCUGGACUUGGCCAGCCCUGGACCUUCUGCUUCUGUGGCAACCAGCAGGAGAAACUCUGCAGAAGAAAUGAAUCUUCCAGAUGGCCCUACACUUCCUGUACAGAGGAAGUUGGCCUGGGAUGAAGAAGCACGACCGGGAGAGAGGAAUAAGGCGGAGGAGCUCGCCGAAGAUGUUCACGAGGAGCCAAAUGUGAAUGGGAAUGUUAAAAGGUUGCAGGUUUUGGAAACUGACUCAUCAUCAGUGGUGGAAGGGUCUGAAGGUUCUGUCAACGGGGGCAGACUACCAACCCCCAAACUAAAAACCACGCAGAACCUGCAAAGAACACAUCAUGACCGCACAACUCCGUCAACUGGAGGUGCUUUACUGGUCUCCCCUCCAAAGAUAAAGGAUUCCUCAUGGAAAGCUCACUCUCAUUAUAGACACAUCACACAUGGAUCUCCACAGCGAACGAAUGGCAAGGCCAUGAAUGGAAGCGCACCGCACUCCUCACCAGCUGCAGGCCUGACCACUGUAGAUCCACUUCCCAUGCGUGAAGAUGCAUCGUCUGAGGAGGAGCCUGAAUGCUCCCCUAAUCCAAGAAAGGCCAAGCCAUCACUCAGGACUCUGGAAAGACUACGUCCCAAAGACAUCAUCUCCCCACCUGCCAACAGAAUCCAGGGCACAUUGAGAAACCCAGAAUUUCAACAUAAUGGUAACCUGGGAAUUUUUCGGCCAGAACUGUUUGCAUUUCCUGAAUCUGACUCUGGUGUGUCAGACAAUGAUGAUAAGAUGUCUCAGAUCUCCUCUAGAUCAGCCGCUUCAUGCUCCAUGGCAUCUGAGGUCCUGAGCCGGGCUCAGAGAAGGAAACAGGAAUUUUGGGGAACGAGCUAAUAUGACAAAGCUCAUGGAUUUUCAACGAAACGGAAAAACUUGUACUGGCCAUUGAAUUUUAUUAUGCAUUUAAAAUAAAAAUAAAAAAUAGUCCUGGGCAAAGACUAAUCGCGAUUAAUCGCAUACAAAAUAAAAGUGAUAUUUGGCAUAAUAUAUGAGCGUGUGCUGUGUGUAAUUAUUAUGUAUAUAUAAAUACACACAUAUUUAUGUAUAUAUUUAAGAAACAUUUAUACAUAUAUUUAUUUUUAUAUAUCUAUAUUAAAUAUAUAAAAAAUCUAAAAUUAAUAUAUGUAUGUGUGUGUGGUUAAAUAUACAUAAUAAUUACACACAUAUAUUAUGCAAAAAUCAGUCACUUUUAUUUUGUAUGCGAUUAAUCGCGAUUAAUCUUUGCCCAGCACAAAAAAGUCAUUUCUUUUGUCUAUUUGCCUACUAGACCACUUUUAUGUGGUCAGUAAAUAGUUUUGCAAAUAAAACAAUGUCACUCUGUCUGCUAAUUUUUUUUAAAUACACUUUUUUGUAAAUUUGGUAAGAAAUAAAUAAUUAAAUUAA